CUCCAAGGUCCUCGUCCACUGUGACCGCACGUCGACACAAGUGGGACAUCGAAAUCUCAGCGCCCUUCCACCAUGGACACUUCCUCUGACAUUCAUCUUCCUCCUCCUAGGUCUACAGUACCUUCUAGGACUAUCCUCACAUCGGUUCCCGGGGAAUAACGAACGAGUCACCGUUACGCCGAGAUACGCAUCCUUCUUCAUCAUACAGUGCGAGAGGUGACAUACACUCUGGAGUCGUGCUAGGCAUACAUAAAUCCCCACGCUACACUCCAAGGUCCUCACCUCGAGAUCUGAUCCCUGCCACCGCCACGUUUGGUUGGAUACAAAAGACACUAAACAUACGCCAAAAGUGGAGUGCAAGGACCUUGAGGACAUUCAAUCACAACAGUCGACACCUUGUUGCACAACAGGAUUUGAUAUAAGGGGAGCGGGGCAGAAAAACCCAUAAAUUGGUCCGAUAUACCAAGAAUACCAAGCAUCGGCAUCCUGCAGUCCAAGAAAACUUUCCACCCCUUGCGAGUGUUUCCCUACGUUUCCCACGUGGUUUCUAUCUUUGCAAAUUCCUUAUUACCUCAAAUUUGAGUUCUAUUGGGCUGUCGUGCCUGCCAGAGAAUUUCUUUGCGAACUAUUGCUCUUGGCCCGUGCCGUCGUGCACCAGUUUUUUGGAAAGUCAUCUGUCAAUCUCUCCAAUCGACGCAAUCAUCUAGGGAAGCGGGACCAACAUGGAUGUUCUACACACCCUUCUCACGCGGGAUGAAGAUUCUGGGCCCGCCCCUGCCUGUGAUGCAGGCAACGAAUACGACGGUCGCAUGGGUUUGCGCAUCUCCUCCAUCUUUGUCAUCAUGGUCGGUUCGAUGUUCGGUGCUGUCUUCCCGGUCUUUGCAGGACAGUUUCGACGUACGAAAUAUUUAGAGUGGGCUUUCUUCAUUGCCAAGUACUUUGGCUCCGGUGUCAUCAUUGCUACGGCUUUCAUUCAUCUGUUAGCUCCUGCUGAGGAAGCCUUAACCAAUGAAUGCCUGACUGGCCCGAUCACGGAGUAUUCCUGGGUCGAGGGUAUUAUCCUAAUGACCAUCGUGGUGCUUUUUUUUGUCGAGAUGAUGGUCAUGCGGUAUGCUCGAUUUGGCCAAAGCCAUGCACAUGAAUUGGCACAUGAACAUGGCCAUGUAGAGCCCAAGGCUACUGGCUCUGAGAGCGGUUCUGAGGUCUUGGACAGCAAGCAUAUUCCCGGCCGGGAUCAUCUGGGUCACUCUCGUGAACAUCAUGAUGUUGAGAAUGCUUCCCACGAUACGUCCCUCGAAGAGUAUAUGGCGCAGCUGACUGGCGUUUUCAUUCUGGAAUUUGGUAUCAUCUUCCAUUCUGUCUUUAUCGGCCUGACCUUAGCAGUAUCUGGUGCUGAGUUUGUUACGCUCUACAUUGUCCUUGUCUUCCAUCAGACUUUUGAAGGUCUUGGUCUGGGAUCCCGACUGGCUACAAUCCCCUGGCCUCGUUCGAAACGUCUUACCCCAUAUCUUUUGGGUAUUAUUUUCGGUCUGUCGACGCCAAUCGCGAUCGCGAUCGGAUUGGGUGUUCGCAAGUCGUACCCUCCCGAGGGUCGCACGACCCUCAUCGUUAACGGAGUCUUCGAUUCAAUUUCCGCCGGUAUCUUGAUUUACACGGCGCUUGUGGAGCUUAUGGCGCAUGAGUUCAUGUUCAGUAGCUCGAUGAAAAAGGCGCCUAUUCAGCACGUCCUGGCCGCCUUUUUCCUCCUAUGCUUGGGUGCUUUGCUGAUGGCGCUUCUUGGAAAAUGGGCCUGAUUUAUGACUGUCUUUUUUUUUUAUUUUGUCUUGUUAUGUUGCUGUGUUGCUGUGCUCAAUAUACCCCCCAUCGGCAGGUUGUUUAAUUUUAUUUCUAGAUUGCAUUAUUGCUUCAUUGCUCAUACUGUGUAUUCCAAGAAGAAUA